AUGGGGAAGCAGAAUAGCAAACUGCGUCCAGAGAUGCUCCAGGACCUGCGGGAGAACACAGAGUUCUCGGAUCUGGAGCUGCAGGAGUGGUACAAGGGCUUCCUCAAGGACUGUCCCACCGGCAUCCUGAACGUGGAGGAGUUCAAGAAGAUCUAUGCCAACUUCUUUCCCUACGGCGACGCCUCCAAGUUUGCCGAGCACGUCUUCCGCACCUUCGACACCAACGGGGACGGCACGAUCGACUUCCGAGAGUUCAUCAUCGCCCUCAGCGUCACCUCCCGGGGCAAACUGGAGCAGAAGCUCAUGUGGGCCUUCAGCAUGUAUGACCUGGAUGGUAACGGCUAUAUCAGCCGGGAGGAGAUGCUGGAGAUCGUGCAGGCCAUCUACAAAAUGGUUUCCUCGGUGAUGAAGAUGCCUGAGGAUGAAUCGACUCCAGAGAAGAGAACGGAAAAAAUCUUCCGACAGAUGGAUACUAAUAAUGACGGCAAACUCUCACUGGAAGAGUUCAUCAAAGGUGCCAAGAGCGACCCCUCGAUCGUGCGGCUGUUGCAGUGCGACCCCAGCAGCGCCUCGCAGUUCUGA